CACAAGAAAGCUCCGAUCCUCCCAUGGCGGAAUCAAGCUCUUCUCUCCCUCCUCUUUGUGAAAAGAUCUCAUACAAAAGCUAUUUUCAAAGAGCUGCGGAUCUCACGAUUCUCGGCCUUCUCUUUUCUCUUCUCUUGCACCGAAUCCUACAUAUGACCCAAAACGACAACGUUUGGCUUGUGGCUUUCCUUUGUGAAUCUUGUUUCUCAAUCGUAUGGCUUCUUACGACCUGCAUAAAAUGGAGUCCUGCUGAAACUAAAACCUAUCCAGAUAGAAUUGAUGAAAGGGUUCAUGACCUUCCUUCGGUAGAUAUCUUCGUGCCUACAGCGGAUCCGGUUCGAGAACCGCCAAUUAUCGUUGUGAACGCCGUGCUUUCGCUGUUAGCUAUAAAUUACCCGACCAAUAAACUAGCUUGCUAUGUGUCGGACGAUGGAUGCUCGCCUCUCACUUACUUCUCUCUCAAGGAAGCUUCUAAGUUCGCAAAGAUUUGGGUUCCGUUCUGCAAGAAAUACAACGUUAGAGUUAGAGCUCCUUUUCGAUAUUUCUUAAACCCGCUAGCCACAACAAAGGGUUCUGAAUUCAGUAGAGAUUGGCAAAUGACGAAGAGGGAGUACGAGAAGUUAUGCCGCAAAGUGGAAAUUGCCACCGGAGAUUCCCAUUGGUCGGAUGCAGAUGAUGACUUUGAAGCUUUCUCAAACACAAAACCAAAUGAUCAUUCAACAAUAGUUAAGGUGAUAUGGGAAAAUAAGGGAGGUGUGGGAGACGUAACAGAGGUCCCUCAUUUUGUAUACAUUUCAAGAGAGAAAAGACCAAAUUACCUUCAUCACUAUAAAGCUGGAGCCAUGAAUUUUCUGGUAAGAGUGUCAGGCUUGAUGACAAAUGCACCAUACAUGUUGAAUGUAGACUGCGACGUGUAUGCAAAUGAAGCCGAUGUUGUGCGACAAGCUAUGUGUGUAUUUCUACAAGGAUCAUCGAAUCCAAACCAUUGUGCUUUUGUUCAAUACCCUCAAGAGUCCUACGAUUCAACCACCGACACACUCACCGUAUUCCAAUCAUUUAUGGUAAGAGGACUUGCGGGAAUCCAAGGACCAAUAUAUUUGGGCUCAGGGUGCUUCCACACUAGAAGAGUUAUGUACGGUUUAUCGCCGGAAGAUGUAGAAGCCAAUGGAAGUCUUUCUUCUCUUGCUACAAGGGAGCUUUUGGCCGCGGAUAGUUUGCCAAGAGGAUUUGGGAAUUCCAAAGAGAUGGUGAAAUCGGUGGUCGAGGCAUUACAGAUAAAAUCAAAUCCCCAACAUAUCCUUACAAACUCCAUAGAAGCGGCUCAAGAAGUGGGACAUUGUGAUUACGAGUAUCAAACCAAUUGGGGCAAAACCAUUGGUUGGCUAUACGAUUCAAUGACUGAAGAUCUGAACACGAGUAUCGACAUCCAUUCGAGAGGUUGGACUAGCUCAUACGUUUCUCCUAAUCCACCUGCAUUUCUUGGAUCUAUGCCGGCAGAAGUAUCUGAGGCGUUGCUCCAGCAGCGGCGAUGGUUGACAGGAUCGAUGGAAGUCCUUUUCAACAAGCAAAGUCCGUUGCUAGGAAUGUUUCGUCGUAAAUUAAGAUUCCGACAGCGACUAGCUUAUCUUUGUGUUCUCGUUUGUCUGAGGUCAAUCCCUGAGCUAUUUUAUUGUCUCUUGCCUGCUUAUUGCCUACUCCACAACUCUGUCUUGUUUCCCAAGGGAGCUUGUCUAGGCAUAAUAAUCACACUUCUUGGGAUGCACUCUCUCUAUACUCUAUGGGAAUUUAUGAGCCUCGGUUAUUCCAUACAAUCGUGGUUGGUCUCCCAGUCACUUUGGAGAAUAAUAGCGACUAGUAGUUGGUUAUUUAGCAUCUUUGAUAUCACUCUCAAGCUUUUUGGAAUCUCGAAGACGGUGUUCAUAAUCACUAAAAAGACUAUGAGCGAGACUAUAGAAGGAUCUGGACUUAGACCAUCUCAAGGAGAAGAUGAUGGUCCAAACUCAGGUAAAUUUGAAUUUGAUGGCUCAGUCUAUUUCUUGCCCGGCACAUUUAUUGUGUUGGUGAAUCUAGCGGCUCUAGCCGUUUUUUCGGUGGGUUAUAGUCUUGGUAAUCCGGGUUUGGCAGAGGCUUGUGGAUGUAUUUUGGUAGUUAUUUUGUUCUUUCCAUUUCUAAAAGGUUUGUUUGAGAAGGGAAAAUAUGGCAUCCCAUUGUCUACUCUUUGUAAAGCUGCCUUUUUAGCUGUUUUAUUUGUUGUUUUCUCUUUGGGAAAGUGAUA